ACCUGAUCUAGAACUACACGUGGUGGUUUCGAUUCCCUCCCAUUCUCCGAUUCCGCCUCUCUGUUUCCUCCACACUACGCAUGACCCUGUUCCCCGCUGACAAGAAUGGGAAUCCAACAGAGGCUCAAGGGCGCCAUCGAUCGGACAAUUGCGGAGGAACAGGCUCGACAGGAGCAAGCACGACAGCGCAUCGAACCAGGAGGCACAGGCACGCCGCGCAGGUCCGACUCCACCUCGCGGAGCAACCAGUCGCCCGCCCGACGACCCCGUCCCAAGAAAGCGGCAGCCGACGCCGGCGCUAAAGACGACGGCGGGAGCCCUUCGAACCCCGACCCUGCUGUCUUUGAGGCGGCGUUUGCGCUUGACGAUAGCGAGGAGCCGAGCCGUGCUGGCACACCGAAGCCUGCGGCGGAUAAAGACGGCAAUAUGGACAAGAGCGAGGAGAAUGUAAAGGAUAAGGCGGAGGAGGGGCAGAAUGGGGACAAGGAGCAGGAGAAGGGUGCGGAGGGCGCUGCUGCUGCUGCUGCGCCGCCGGCUGCCGCAGAGCUGUCUCCCGAGGUUAAGAUGAAGCUUCGCAAGUUGGAGAAGCUUGAAAAGACGUAUCCUGGUGUGUACACCACUCGCACGUAAAACGCCGUGUUGGAGGUCGGGACGCUAACAUGAUACUUCAGACCUCCUCCGAUCGUAUAGAAUCGCCCACGGCCGCGCCACCUCCAUCGAGCCCUUUGAGCGUGUGCUUAAGGAACACACAAGCGUCGGGUCGAUCCGGGAACCCGAAGCCCUCGUCGAGUAUCUCAACUCCCUCAAGCAGAAGGAGCAGAUGAUUAUGGACGAGUACAAGCGGGUG